AUGGAUUAUCAUAUAUCUUCUGCUUCACAAUACAGUAGUGCUAGUGAAUCCGGUUGGACCCAUUAUUUGGACCAAUCCUCUCUUUCUGAAAAUUACUUCCGGAGGAGAGAUGGGGUGGUGGAGUUUGAAGGAAAGGGAGCAAGAAUCGAGGAGUCUGAGGAAGAUUUAUCCAUGGUCUCUGAUGCUUCUUCCGGACCUCCACAUUAUGAUAAUGAAUACUAUUGUCAGAAUUGGUAUCCUUGUCUUUCCUCUACAACCAAAGAAUCCCAAAAGAAGAAGGUCAAAGAAUAUGGCAGAAGUCAACAGUCUUCACAUCUUGAUGACACUGCCAGCUCUCCUUUUUUCAACUGCCCCAUGGAGAGUCACAAGAAACAAGACAGUUUCCCAGGGAAUGGAGCAGUGGAGAGGGCAUUGGAUUUUUCUCAAUGUGUAUCUGCAACAAGAAUAAAGAGAAAGACAAAAUUCCAGAAGCACUUUAGUUUCUUAGAGAGGUCUCUUGCUGGAAAACUUGCCUCAGAGGAACAAGGUGGCUUUGACGAAGAAGGGAAAUGA